AGCCUGCUGUUGCCGAGGGGACGGGCCAGGCAGAUGCCAACAUGGCAGCGGUUGGGUCUGGCGGUUCCCCCGCGGCGGCCGGGCCAGGGGCGGUCUCCGCGGGGGCGUUGGAGCCUGGGACCGCGAGUGCGGGUAACGUGAAGCACCUGGUUCUUUUCCUCCACGAGGCCGUCCUGGUGCAGUACGUGGACACACUCAAGCUCGCAGUGCCCUCUCUCAUCUACACCUUGCAGAAUAACCUCCAGUAUGUUGCCAUCUCCAACCUGCCAGCGGCCACUUUCCAGGUGACGUACCAGCUGAAGAUCCUGACCACGGCACUGUUCUCCGUGCUGAUGCUGAACCGCAGCCUGUCCCGGCUGCAGUGGGCCUCCCUGCUGCUCCUCUUCACCGGCGUCGCCAUCGUGCAGGCACAGCAAGCCGGCGGUGGGGGCCCUCGGCCGCUGGAUCAGAACCCUGGGGCGGGCCUAGCCGCUGUCGUGGCCUCCUGUCUCUCCUCGGGCUUCGCAGGUGUCUACUUUGAGAAGAUCCUCAAAGGCAGCUCAGGCUCCGUGUGGCUGCGCAACCUGCAGCUGGGCCUCUUCGGCACGGCGCUGGGCCUGGUGGGGCUCUGGUGGGCCGAGGGCACUGCUGUGGCCCGCCGUGGCUUCUUUUUCGGGUACACGCCUGCCGUCUGGGGCGUGGUGCUCAACCAGGCCUUCGGCGGCCUCCUAGUGGCUGUCGUCGUCAAGUACGCCGACAACAUCCUCAAGGGCUUUGCCACCUCCUUGUCCAUUGUGCUGUCCACCGUUGCCUCCAUCCGCCUCUUCGGCUUCCACGUGGACCCGCUGUUUGCCCUUGGCGCUGGGCUGGUCAUCGGUGCCGUCUACCUCUACAGCCUUCCCCGCGGUGCAGCCAAAGCCAUAGCUUCCACCUCCGCCUCUGCCUCCGGGCCCUGCACCCACCAGCAGCCUCCAGGGCAGCCGCCGCCACCGCAGCUGUCUUCCCACCGCGGAGACCUCAGCACGGAGCCCUUUCUGCCAAAGUCAGUGCUGGUGAAGUGAGGGCUGGCGGCGGUGGGGGGGUCGACAGGGAGGGGUGCUGGGUGGAGGGGGCUGGGCAUCUGCAGGACCCAGGUUGCCACGGGGGUGGGGCCUGGCUCCUCUGGGGUUGGAAGGGUCUUUUCUUCCAGGUCAUUGAGACUUCCGGAAGGGUGUGGGACGAGGGCAGGGCAAAAACCAGGGGUUUUUAGAGCUGCCUCCUCGGUCCCAGUCUAACCCCUUUGGGAACUGGGUUGGGGGGAUUGUCCUUCAAGGCCUUUUUUGUCUGUCCCCCUCAGCCAGAGGUGUCCUGUCUCUCUUGCCUGGGAGAGUCCCUGCCAGCGACCCCUCUACCUUUGUAGGGUCACAUUUGGACAAAAAUGCUACAGCUCUGUAGUCAUGACUGAUGCCUGCCUGAGGGGUCGUUUCCCAUAGCCUGAGGCCUCCCUCCUCCCGGAUGACCACACUGGAUCGUGUUAGCAGCUCAGUUUUUCGUGGCCUUGGGGCAGCUUCCCUGAUGUGGGGACUUGAAAAUGGGCCUCUUAUGAGCACCCAGGGAGAGAGGAAGCAGGGGGAGAGCUGAGGUUUUUGCAUCAGCCCAUUCAUUCAAGGGGAGGGUGCCGUAGGGGUCCUUUUUUUCGUGGUUUGGGGACUCGUGGUGUAAUCAGAUGAAUUGAUUCAGGGUGUGGGGGAAAGUGGGGAAGGGCGGUCCUUGAAGUGACCUAAUCUCAUGGAAUCUCUGACACUGUCAGCUGCUGGAUGCAGGGUUGUGUCCUGAGACAUCUCGAGAGGAGAGAUACAGCUGCCAACCACACUUGUGAUCCCCCAGUGGCUGUAAGAGGCCCCCUUCCUUCAUGGGGAGGGGUGUCUUUAAAUUGCUGAAAUGUGGAAGCAGCCCCUGCACUCCCCAAAGCUUAUUAACCCCUUAACCGUCUCCCAGGGUACAUGUGGUAUGUGUGCGUGUGUGCGUGCGUGUGUGUGUGUGUGUGCGCGCGCGCGCACGCACGCGCGUGCACCUAGUGCACACUUGCGCUUGGGAGAUGCCUGGGCUGUCUCUGCUAUAUGUACAUAGGGCCGUUGGAUCUUUAUUUUUGAUUAAUUUGUUCUGAUUUUUUUUUUUUUUGGUUUGUUUUCUAAGGAACUGUAAUGAACAAAUGUCAGGAUACCCAAUGCCAAAUAAAGAUGUUGUAUUUAUUUA